AUGGAAGUUAUGCGCUCUAUUCGCCUUCGCAAUCGUACUGUUCAGGCACCGCCUGGCCCCUUUUCCGCCUCGCCAUGUCCGCCGAAAUCUGUUGACAAUGGUGGCGAUUUGGCUGGUACAGGGCCAGGCUUCGGCCCUAAUACCAGCACCCCACGCUCUCCUGGAUCUGGGUUCCACUUCUCAACUGACUUGAUGCUGCGUGACCGAUCUUCUGGCAGUCAGCCAACUGACGCUAUGUCUGUGGGCGGUUGCAGUUCAUUAGAUGGCACUACGGUCUCGUCGUCCUGCUCAGGCUCUUGUUCCUGCUCAGCCUGUUCAUACUCACACUCAUCCUCCUCUUCUUCCUCCUGUCUUGAAAGUGGCUACUGGUCUGGCAGCUGCAGCGGCGCGGGCAAUGCCAGUGGCGGUAGCCGCAGCCGAGCUACCACUGCCACUGCCUCAUCUUCUUCCCGUUGGUCUGCCACAGGACAUAUUCCGAUCACGCCAGUAGCGCCUACUCGCGCCGCUGCUGCAGCUGCCGCAGCCGCUGCAGCUGCCGCAUCUGUAAUUUCUAGUGGUGGAGUAGGUGGUUCCGGUCUUGGAAGCCUAAGACCAGCCCAUUCUAGUGCAACUUUAACUUCAAAUAUUACAACUGUCACUAUUACGGCUGCUUCUAAACAAGAUGAUAUACUAACUGGGCAUACCAGCUCCACUACAUCAGCUGGAGUCGGUUUGGUAACUCUCCGUAGUGGAACCAGCAUUUCAGGCCCAGCGAGUAGUACGCGUGGCUAG